AUGCAAGGGCGAGGCAGGAGCGAGGCAAGAGUGAGGCAAGAGCGAGGCAGGAGCGAGAGCGAGGCAAGAGCGAGGGAAGAACGAGGCAAGAGCGAGGCAGGAGCGAGGCAAGAGCGAGGCAAGAGCGAGGCAAAAGCGAGGCAAGAGCGAGGCAGUAGCGAGGCAAGAGCGAGGCAAGAGCGAGGCAAGAGCGAGGCAGGAGCGAGGCAAGAGCGAGGAAAGAGCGAGGCAAGAGCGAGUCUAGAGAGAGGCAAGGGCGAGGCAAGAACUAGGCAAGAGCGAGGCAAGGGCGAGGCAAGAGCGAGGCAGGAGCGAGGCAGUAGCAAGGCAAUAGCGAGGCUAGAGUGA